AUGGACAGCGGCGAUGAACAUCGGCCCAGCAAGAAGAUCAAGUUUUUGAAAAAGGAGGAAGAACAUAGCCCGAUCACGAAAACCGGGAAAAUUAGGGAUCCGACGGAGUUGGAUCUGAAGCCCGAUCACAAAAACCGGGCGCUGUGGGUUGUUCCUGAUGGCCGGAUUUUCCUGGAAACGAUUUCCCCAUUCUACAAAGAAGCGAAAGAUUUCUUAAUUGAGGUUGCUGAACUCGUUUGCCGGCAGGAUUCGAUGCACGAAUACAAUCUGACUCCCGACUCGUUGUAUGCAGCGGUCUCAACCGGGCUCGACACUGAAACUAUCAUAUCUGUUUUGAGUAAAUUGUCAAAAACAAAGAUCCCAAAACAGAUCAUAGAUUUCAUUCACGAAUCAACAGCCAAUUAUGGCAAAGUGAAGCUUGUCCUGAAGAAGAAUCGGUAUUUUGUCGAGUCCCGAUUUCCAGAGGUUUUGCAGAAAUUGCUCGACAAUGAAACAAUUCGGCGAGCCAGAAUCUCAUCUGACUGUAAAUCCCCGGGUGAAAUUGAAGGAAGCGAAUCAGAGUUAUCUGCUGUGACGGAGGAAAAGGAGAUUCAGGCAUUUGAGAUUGACCCUUUUGGGGUUGAAAGCGUCAAGCAGGAGUGUUUGCCAAACGCUUUGAAUUACCCGAUGUUGGAGGAAUAUGAUUUCAGGAGUGAUUCUAUCAAUCCUGAUCUUGAUAUAGAACUGAAGCCUCAAGUCCAGGUAAGGCGUUAUCAAGAGAAGUGUCUAAGAAAAAUGUUUGGCAAUAAUGGCAGGGCAAGAUCAGGUGUCAUUGUGUUACCUUAUGGUGCUGGCAAGUCUUUGGUGGCUGUGGCUGCAGCCAGCAGGAUUAAGAAAAGCUGCCUUUGUUUGGCAACAGAAGCUGCAUCCGUUGACCGAUGGGUUGAUUUGAUCGAUUCAAGUCGUGGUCUACAAUUCGCGACGAUCAAAUCAUACGUUGCACAUCUGCAACCAAAGAAGCUUUUCCAGGUGACGGAGCUGUUGUAG